AUCGCUUUGAAAACCACUGGAGGAGACGAAAAGCUCAAAAGCACAUAGCUCACUGUGUUAUCUACUCUCUUUUUAGUGGAAAGAAGUGUCAGAUCGGCGAGUUAAACUAUGUGGCGUUUCUUGGUGGUGAUACUGACGGUGGCGAUGGUUUCUGAGAGGGCAAGUUCGAUCGGAGCUAACUGGGGCACACAGGCGUCGCACCCUCUUCCACCAGACAUAGUGGUGAGGAUGCUGAGAGAGAAUGGAAUUCAGAAAGUGAAGCUCUUUGAUGCAGAGUACGACACUCUCAGGGCUCUAGGCAAAUCAAACAUCGAGGUUAUGGUUGGUAUACCCAACGAUAUGCUAGCAACUCUAGCCUCCAGCCUCAAAGCCGCUGAGAAAUGGGUUUCUAAAAAUGUUUCUACUCACAUCAAUACCGAUAAAACCAACAUCAGAUACGUAGCUGUUGGCAAUGAACCGUUCUUGUCCACUUAUAACGGGAGCUAUCUCAAUACCACUUUCCCUGCGAUGAGGAACAUCCAAAUAGCGCUUAUAAAAGCCGGUCUUCAGAACAAAGUGAAGAUCACUUGUCCUUUAAACGCUGAUGUCUAUGACAGCCCCACCACCUUUCCUUCUGGAGGUGACUUCAGAGCCAACAUCCAUGAUCUCAUGAUCACUAUCGUAAAGUUCUUAGUCGAAAACGGUGGCCCUUUCACCGUCAACAUUUAUCCUUUCAUCAGUCUCUACAACGACGCCAAUUUUCCAGUCGACUACGCCUUCUUUGACGGCAUCACGCAGCCGAUUAGCGAUGGUGGGGCUAUCUACUACAACAUGUUUGAUGCAAACUACGACACUUUGGUGUACGCUCUUGAGAAGAAUGGGUUUGUUAACAUGCCUAUCAUAGUCGGUGAGAUCGGGUGGCCCACGGAUGGUGACAGGAAUGCUAACGUGGAGUACGCUAGAAAGUUCAACCAAGGCUUCAUGGCUCAUAUCUCAGGAGGGAAAGGGACUCCGAGAAGGCCUGGUCCUAUAGAUGCUUACCUCUUCAGCCUAAUAGACGAAGACGCUAAAAGCGUUCAGCCUGGUUACUUUGAGAGACACUGGGGGAUAUUCACUUUCGACGGGUUACCAAAAUACGCAUUGAACUUGGGAACAACCAACACAGGAGCUUUGAUACAAGCCAAAGGUGUGAGGUAUCUAGAGAGGAAAUGGUGUGUGAUGAAGCCAAACGUGAGGUUGGAUAAUCCUCAGGUGGGGCCGAGUGUUAGCUACGCGUGUAGCUUAGGGGAUUGCACUAGUCUUGGGGUGGGAACGUCGUGUGGGGAUCUUGACGGUAAGGAAAAUAUAUCUUAUGCGUUCAACAGUUACUAUCAGAUAAACGACCAGCUUGAUACGGCUUGUAAGUUUCCAAACAUAUCUGAGGUGACUAAGACGGAUCCAUCAACGGGAACAUGUAAGUUUCCGAUUAUGAUAGAGCCUUAUUACGGUGGUGCUGCACAUGUACAAGUGUUCUUCUUGCCACUGGUGAUGGCUGCAGCCAUCACUAUCCUCAGUAUUUUAUGAUGGUUUCUUGUCCAUCUGUAACUAUUAUGUGUGAUUAUUAUUUAAAAAAAAAAAAUUGUCCAGAGCUUGCUAACUUGUCUCUCUAUAGAAAAGCUGAGAUUGAUAUUAAAGCAGCAACGAGGGAUUUCGGUGCAAUGUGCAAAGUUUAAAACUCUUG